CAGUAAGUGAGACGCAAGUUCUCUCGUAAUGUUUGGCGAGUGGCGGGUAUAAAGAAAGAACAGUAACCAAUUAAUAUUUUGCGAGUCUGUCAGUCGAUAUACCUCUACAAGCAGCGAUGCUAGUGAAAUGUGCAGUUGCGCUCUUUGUUUUUGCUGUCUUUGAGCACGUACUGGGGACGGAUUUAACCGAUGUUCUCGAAAACCCUCAAGAGAAACCGACCAACCAGCAGAAAGGACGUAUUUCCCUACAGAACACGGCGGAGAUCCAGCACUGCCUGGUGACCAGCGGGGAUGUGGGCUGCGGUGUCUUCGAAUGCCUAGAGAACAACUCCUGCGAGAUCCGCGGCCUCCACGAGAUCUGCAUGACCUUCCUCCACAAUGCCGGCAAGUUUGACCCACAGGGGAAGUCAUUCAUCAAAGACGCGCUGAGAUGCAUGGCCCACGGGCUGCGGCACAAGUUCGGCUGCGUCAGCCGCAAGUGCCUGGCGGUCAAGGAGAUGGUGCUGCAGCUUCAGAGGGACUGCUACGCCAAGUACGACCUGUGCUCCGCCAUCAGGGACAACGUCAAUGUCAUGGUGCAGAUGAUCCAUUUCCAGGACCUCUUUCCCAAGGGGCCUCACGUGGAGCUGGUGAACAUCUUGCUGGGGUGCGGGGAGCAGGUGAAGGAGGCCCUGGCGUGGAGCGUGCGCCUGCAGUGUGAGCAGAACUGGGGCGCCCUGUGCGACACCCUGACCUUCUGCGCCCCGGGACAGCAGCCUCCCGCACUGACCACCGCCCCCGUGCACCGCGGCGACCCCGAGGGUGGGCACACCCAACCUGCGCGGGAGGGGGGCAGGGAGAAGGGGAAUCAGGGGGCUUUUGAGAGCCCUCAAAGCCAGGUCCCCCAGCUAAGCACCCAGGAAGCUGAAACCACUGAGCAAGGGAACCACCCAGAGACCUCAGACAUGCGGAGAUGAAAGGGCAAAGGCUCGUCCCCCACUUGCCCCAAUCUACAGGCUGUCAUUCUUUCCCUGUCCCCCCAGAUCCAACCCACAGACUAUCAAUCAACCCCAGUACCCCCCAAACUACAGGCUGUCAUUACAUCCCUGUCCCACAGACUACACGCCAUCCCCCUCUGUCUCUCUUCACGUCCCCUAAACAUCAGACUGUCUCUCUCUCGC